AUUCAGGGAUAUUAAAAUACACAGUUAAACUUUCCCGGUGAUGUUUUAUGCAUUAUUUCAUGGAAACUUUAUUGCAAAUACUUAAAAAUCUAUUCUUUAUGUAUUUUUUUCAUUUGGACAACACGUAUUUGUCUUCUAAUACAAUGUUAUCAUUUAAACGCAAAAGAAAUAAACAGUGUAAGUGAGAAAGCUGCUAAGACAUCUGUGAAGCAUUCAUUUUAUUCGUUUCGUACAGAAAGACACGAGUGUCCUUGCCAACCGUUCCGCUAAACGGAUAUAAUGUCGAUGUUCUUCUUUCGUUUCCACAAUCUGCGCCGUGCUGAAGAGAAGAGAAAGAAAACCAAUAGAAACCCAAGAAACAGUCGAAGUAUGGCUAUGGACACGCUGACGGCCCCGUCGCGCCUGCUCGAGCGGCCGGCCAGCUCGCCGGUCGACUCGCUGGACGAAAUCGCCCUGCAGAUUCCCAGAGUACGUGUGGAGUACUACGUAAACGAAAAUACUUUUAAGGAAAGACUGCAACUAUAUUUCAUAAAAAAUCAACGAUCGAGUUUACGUAUUAGGAUAGCGAACUUGUUUUUCAAACUUUUGGCGUGCGUCUUGUAUAUUUGCCGCGUUGUCGCCGACGGAGAUCCUAUUACUGCUUCCUGUUACGGAUGUAAGGUCGGAAAUAAGACUGAAUUUGAAUAUUCCGCGAACUUAACAGAGGAGGAGUUUCAAGAACACCCGAUUAUCAACUGGGACGGCAUAAUAUGGGUCAACAGACCUCUCUACCUAUGGGGAGUGCAAGUCAUACUAGCUAUGAUCUCGUUCACGGAAGCAAUACUUAUAGCUUAUUUAGGAUAUAAGGGAAACAUCUGGCAACAAGUUCUAUCAUUCCAUUUCAUUUUAGAAAUGGUAAACACCAUACCCUUUGCUUUAACUUUGCCGUUUCCACCGCUCCGGAACUUAUUUAUACCCGUGUUUCUAAAUUGCUGGCUAGCGAAGCGAUCUCUAGAAAAUAUGUUUAAUGAUCUUCAUCGAGCGAUGCAAAAAUCUCAAUCAGCCCUGUCACAACAACUGAUGAUCCUUUGUGUAACACUGUUGUGCCUCGUUUUUACAAGCGUAUGUGGCAUCCAGCACUUCCAGAGGGCGGGGCACCGGCACCUGAACCUUUUCCAAGCUACUUACUUCGUGGUGGUAACGUUUUCUACGGUGGGGUAUGGGGACUUCGUGCCGGACAUCUGGCCGUCGCAGCUUUACAUGGUGAUAAUGAUUGGCGUCGCGCUCGUCGUGUUGCCCACGCAGUUCGAGCAACUCGCAUUCACUUGGAUGGAGAGACAGAAACUAGGUGGCUCUUACUCCUCUCAUCGAGCCCAGUCAGAGAAACACGUUGUAGUGUGUUCCACAACACUCCACGCGGACACCAUCAUGGAUUUCCUUAAUGAAUUCUAUGCUCAUCCCUUGCUUCAAGAUUACUACGUGGUUUUAUUAUCGCCGAUGGAACUGGAUACAACAAUGAGAAUGAUUUUGCAGGUGCCAAUUUGGGCUCAACGUGUCAUUUACAUACAAGGUUCGUGCCUAAAAGACACGGAUCUAAUACGAGCACGCAUGAACGAAGCCGAGGCAUGUUUCGUGCUAGCGGCCAGGAACUACGCCGACAAAACGGCCGCCGACGAACACACUAUACUAAGGUCAUGGGCGGUUAAAGAUUUUGCACCGGACGUUCCUCAGUACGUGCAGAUAUUUAGACCGGAGAACAAAUUACAUGUUAAGUUUGCCGAAUUUGUAGUUUGCGAAGACGAAUUUAAGUAUGCGCUGCUGGCGAAUAACUGCACGUGUCCGGGAGCAUCCACGCUCGUCACGCUACUGCUGCACACCAGCAGAGGACAGGAAGGACAGCAAUCACCAGAGGAAUGGCAUCGAUUGUACGGAAAAUGUUCCGGAAAUGAGAUAUAUCACAUCGUCCUGGGAGACAGUCGUUUUUUUGGCGAAUACGAAGGGAAAAGUUUUACAUACGCAAGUUUUCAUUCUCACAGAAAGUAUGGUGUGGCUUUAGUGGGGGUACGUCCGGCAGAAUUACCCGAAUUUUAUGAGGAAACGAUACUUUUGAACCCCGGUCCUCGUCAUAUCAUGAAAAGUAGCGACACCUGUUAUUAUAUGAGUAUCACGAAAGAAGAAAAUUCCGCAUUUGUUAUAUCAGAGAAACAGAUCGAAAACAAACCUACUAUACCUAAAGACCAAACCGCAUGUAGUCUGCUUUCGAACGACAAGAAACCCGGCGAUCCGGAGGAGGGCUCUGGCCAGCAGAAAAACACUGACGGUAGUAACGUCGCUCAAUACGAACUCCCACAAGUGAUUCUCCAAGCUCCCGCGAGUUCCACACCAAACGCAUCGCCAUCACGCAUCAACCAAGCUAAUACUGUAUCAUCCGCUAAGUUUACUGUCGCUGGCUCUAAAUAUGGGGAAGGCACCUCGGCCUCGGACUCUAGGACGUGCCUGAAAGACUCGCCUGGUACAGAUAGUGCCACUGACAGCCAUCUACUAUUGCCUAAACCAGAUAACACAAAUUUCCUCAGCCCGGAUGCCCUGAAUUAUCGAAGAGGGAGUCGUCGGCCAUCGAUACUGCCGGUGCCCGACAUGGUGACGAGCAGCCUGAACAUCCCCAGCGACGCGGCGGAAGACGACGCCGCCGACGAGAGCGAGGACGAGCUGGAGGACGAUGUGCCGUGGCGCUCGCCGUCCGAAAAAAUCGCGAUCGUAAAAGGGUUUCCCCCCGUGUCGCCAUUUAUCGGCGUGAGCCCGACACUGUGCUACCUGCUUAAGGAAAAGAAGCCAUUGUGCUGUCUCCAGCUGGCGCAGGUGUGCGAGCACUGCGCCUACAGAAACGCCAAGGAAUACCAAUGGCAAAACAAAACAAUCAUUCUCGCCGCAGACUACGCCUCCAACGGGAUUUAUAACUUUAUCAUACCAUUGAGAGCACAUUUUAGAUCAAAAACUUCCUUGAAUCCAAUUAUACUAUUGCUGGAAAGAAGACCGGACAUUGCAUUUUUAGAUGCCAUAUCGUAUUUUCCAUUGGUUUACUGGAUGCUUGGAUCCAUCGACUGCCUAGACGAUUUGCUCAGAGCAGGAAUAACUCUGGCGGAGAACGUAGUAGUAGUAAACAAGGAACUGUCCAACUCCGCAGAAGAAGACAGCCUGGCAGAUUGUAAUACUAUAGUGGCGGUGCAGACAAUGUUCAAGUUUUUCCCAUCCAUCAAAUCUAUAACGGAAUUAUCACAGUCAUCCAAUAUGCGUUUCAUGCAAUUCAGGGCACAUGACAAGUACGCCUUGCACCUGUCGAAAAUGGAAAAGCUGGAGAAGGAGCGCGGGUCGCACAUCUCGUACAUGUUCCGACUGCCGUUCGCCGCUGGCUCGGUGUUCUCCGCCUCCAUGCUGGACACUUUGCUCUACCAGGCGUUCGUUAAAGACUACGUCAUUACUUUCGUCCGCCUUUUGCUGGGCGUAGACCAAGCUCCCGGAUCUGGAUUUUUAACUUCUAUGAAAAUAACGAAAGAAGACAUGUGGAUUCGUACGUAUGGUCGGCUAUACCAAAAAUUGUGUUCGACUUCGUGUGAAAUCCCUAUCGGGAUAUAUCGCACGCAGGACACGAGCUUAGCCGAUCCCUCUCACCACGUGAGUAUGACGUCACGGACUUCGUCAAACUGGUUUUGGUCACGCCUGGCGAGAAUGCGACCAUCGCGUCCAUCGCAGGACGAGGGAGAUGGAGGUUUCCCGGCGUGCGGGCGGCGUGAGGCCACCGGCUGUCUCGGCGGCUGCUACGGGGAACGUACGCCGGCGUAUUCUACAAGUCUCGCCGACGAAGCAAGAGACAAUCAUGCGCAGCAAAUAGAAAGAGCAGAAAUCGCAAACCUAGUGCGCUCGCGUAUGGAAUCGUUGAACCUUACUGGAAUCGACUACGACGACGUGAGCGAGAAGAGGAACAGUUUGUCCUACGUUAUUAUCAACCCAAGUUGCGAUCUCAAUAUACAAGAAGGAGAUAUCAUAUAUUUGGUGCGUCCGUCCCCUUUUUCUGCCCAAAAAACGUUUGAGAGACAUAAUAGUCGACGAAAAUCGAAUAUAAGUUUCUGUUCUCAAGCUUUAAUUCAAGCGCAGAGCGUUGCCAGCAGAAGAGGAUCUGGUAUCGGUGCCACGUUCACCCAGCCGAGAGCUCCACCACUCUGCACAACAAAAGCCAAUUCGUUGUCUUUACCGGAUAGUCCAACUAUCAUAACGGAUUUUAGAGGACGGUCCAAUUCACUUCGAGUAGUAGAUGACAUAUUACUGCGGAGAUCUAAUUCGUUAAGACAAAGUCUUAGUGGCGUCGGUUCUCGACGAAGAAAGAGUAGUCUCGAAGAAAUAGGCAUAUCACAUUUUAAUUCCUUAUUGCAACAUCAGCAACAACAGCAACAGCAAAACGCUAAUGCGAUCAAAAUCGCCUUGAACGGUAGCAUAGGGUUAGAGGUUACGCCGCCGGAGGAGACUCCCGCCGAAAGGUUCCCGGGGACGAGCAUGGCACUCGGCGGAUACCAGGAGGCCGCCGCUGCCCUACCCUCCACGUCGAUGGGCCCGAGCGUCCCGUCGCCGUCGCCAGACACUCAACAUUUGCAAGGAACUAUUGUAUGAUACCACCUAAUGUGGGGACGGCGACUAAGCUCCGUUAUAAGAAACAAAUGGACGUAGAGUGACUACUUUCAAUAUUCAGUCAUACUUAACUCGACUUGUCACUGAAUUCAUGACUAUACGGAGCCUUUUUAUAGUAGCGUCUCUACUUAUGUAUAUGUAGCAACUUAGUUUUGAGAAAAUGAAUAAAUGAUAUAUUGUGAAGAAUUAAUAAUUAAUUGAUAACUAGGAGUGGUGUAGCUGCUAAAGAAGCUGUGUAAUUUAAGCGGGAUCAAUUAGAUACUACUAUAAGCGGGAUACUUAUACAGCAUAGUAUUGUAAUGUACAUAGCAGAGCUUUUUCGAUCGUAAUAAAUAAUGUAUAUGUAAAUAGAGAGUAUAACAUGCAAAUAAAGAAUUAUUAUUUAUUAUUGUUAUGUGUAAAUAUGGACAAUAGGAUAAAUAUAUACUGAAAAAUUACCUUUUAUUUACUAGAUUUAACUGACCAAAGGACAAUUACUAAUUUUACCAUUAUAAUUACAUAGUAUAUUGAAUCUGUACUCUACUUUUAACACUUUAUUGUUGAUAGAUUUGGUCAACUAAUUAAUUCACCAACUAUUCAUAAAAUACUAGGUAUUGAUGUAGUAUCAAUUUACACAAGAGUUUCUUUAUCUUUAGUUCUAGAGCUUAUUAUACCUGACAAUAUCAUACAAUUAUAAUCUGUGUUUUUAUAUACAAUAUAAAAGAACUUAGUCCGUUUCACUCUGUAAGAGUAUCGAUAGCUGCCUUUUGUGUAUAUUAUGAAGUAAAUAUAGAUUUAAAAAAAGA